GUUUAUGAUUUUUGUGUGCACACUAUAUGUUAUGAUGUUUUAUAUUGUUUUUGACGUGUUAACACGCGAUUUCCUGUGGCUUUGGUCCUGUUAUCCAGGCCGGGUCCAGGUGGCGAGCUAGACCUUGGAAUCUGAACACUAAGAAGAGCCGCGUCCUCCCUCCGGGCCGGUAGAGGGUUUUUGUUUCUUCUUGUCUUUCCCUCAUAAGUCAAAGCACAGUUUUCUGCUGUUUCCCUGAACGGUUCGACAGACCUUCAUUUGACUCUCCCCACCGCAACGGCUUCCUUGAGCCGCUAUGGAUAUCCUCUGAACGGACAGGACUACGCAGAGGUCCUCAGAGGGGUGAUGUCUCUGCUAGGCCAGUCCAUCAGGGAGCUCAGUCAACCACCACCUGGGGAGCCCCAGCCAGAAGCAAGUGAUCGUGCGACAUCUUCACCUCCCGCUGCUGCAUCAUUGCAGGUGCCCAACACCAUCCCCUUCAGGCCACAAGGUGCAACAGUCGCAGAAAAGCAGGAUGUAAAGAAGGAACCAUCACAGAGCCGUUCUGAUUAUGGUAUGCUGUCUGGAACUCCACCUAUGCCUGAUCUGAAUCCCCCUACAGUUCAGCGUUAUGUAGUUGAACACAUAAUGAAAAAUGAUGACAACGCUAUACAUCUCUCUGCUGUGAGACUUCGAUCCUUCUCAGGCCGAGCUCCAAGACCACCACACGAAACGGACUAUGAGACAUGGCGCUCCAGUAUCGAUCUGCUUCUUCAGGAUCCGGCAAUUUCUGAUCUGCAAAGAUCCAGAAGACUGGUUGAAAGCCUUUUCCCACCAGCGGCAGACAUGGUAAAACAUCUAAAGCCAGACACCUUACCCAAAGUCUAUUUGCAGAUCCUGGACUCUGCCUAUGGAGCUGUGCAGGAUGGAGAUGAGCUGUAUGCCAAGUUCAUGGAGCUGUUUCAGGACGCUGGUGAGAAACCAUCUGCGUAUUUGCAACGAUUACAAAUUGCACUCGUUGCAGCUUUGAAGAGGGGAGGAGUGAAAGCCACUGAUGUGGAUCGACACCUUCUUAACCAGUUUUGUCGUGGGUGUUGGGACAACAAUCUUAUUUCCGAACUGCAAUUAAAACAACGCAAGUCUAGUCCACCAUCUUUUUCUGACUUCUUGUUGUUGCUCCGAACUGAGGAAGACAGAGAAGCUUCCAAAGCUCAGCGUAUGAAGCAGCACCUCGGUUCAAAAGCCAGGGCCGGGGCGCUUGCUCAAUACGCCUACACCCACACUCCUGAAGAAGAAAAGGUUGACGCACUAACCAACAUCACGCAACAGCUUGCCCAGCAACUAGCUGACAUACAGAAGCAGCUACGGACUCUUACAGCCGGACGAACCAGCCGAAACCAAUCUGCAACCUACCAGUCUAUUCCUGCCAAAAACAGUAAGCCGAUCCGCACCCCCCACAAAUCAUCAUCCGCAGGGCCUAAGCCAGGUUACUGCUACAACUGCGGUGAAGAUGGACAUAUAAGACCCGACUGCAACAACGAUCCCAAUCCAACGCUCGUGGCUAUGAAAAAGAAACAGUUUUCAGAAAAGCAGAAGCGGCAGCAAAAACCCCACAGAAACUCGUCUUUAAACUAGUGCGAGUUCCUGUUGAGGGACAAACAGGAACUGCGGAGGACCAACCAUGUCCCGAUAAGCAGUCUAAAGUGAAAUGCCGCACAGCGUCGCAUUCCACUUCAACUGAAAAGACUCGUCUGCCGAGAGGGUUGAUUGGAUCCAGAUGUACAGCCCAAGUUACCAUCGCUGGUAUCCCGUUCUGGUGUUUGCUAGACACUGGAUCCCAAGUCACGACCAUACCUGUCUCAUGUUAUAACCAGCAUUUCUCAGCCCAGCCGGUGAAACCAAUACAUGAACUGCUACAGGUUGAGGGAGCUGCUGGACAAGAGGUACCAUAUUUAGGGUAUAUUGAGAUAACAGUUGUUUUUCCAAAAGACUUUGUUGGUGUAGAUGUUGGCGUACACACCCUUGCCUUGAUCGUUCCCGAUGUCAGACCAGGGGGUCACUCCCAGAUCCUGAUAGGGAUGAACACCUUGGAGCCGCUUUACGAGCAGCAUCGGAAGAGUGAGUACUCAGACUACACACCAUCUCAGAGUGGUUAUAAAGCACUGCUUGAGUUACUGCAGCUCCAGAGCCAGAGAACUCAAGGGGCCAGCGACAAUGUGGUGACAUUGGCCGGUAAGACGCCCGUCCUAAUUCCAGCUGGCCACACCAUGGUUGUGGAAGGUCUUAUCCGUGCUUAUCCUCCACCCAUUGGUAAGAGCGUUUUAUUGGAGCAACCAGCCACACCACUACCUGGAGGACUUUGUGUGAAGAGCUGUUUGGUAACAUUACCAACUCACUCACCUUACAAGCUUCCAACUAUAAUUACUAAUGAAUCAGAGAAAGCAAUUACACUCAUGCCACUGUCUACCCUUGCAGAGUUCACCGUAUCUCCAUUGGUCCUGUCUCAGCGUGUUUCCAUCAACGUAAACCAGGAACCUGAUCAGCUGAAAUUUGAUUUCGGAGAUUCUCCAAUACCAUCUGAGUGGAAAGACCGAGUCAUCGCUAAGCUGAAGCAGAUUCCUGAGGUAUUCUCGCAUCAUGACCUUGACUUCGGUCGAACGGAUAAAGUCAAACAUCAUAUCCGCCUUCACGACGAGACUCCAUUUAAACAUCGGGCUAGACCGAUUCAUCCUCGGGACAUCGAGGCUGUCCGCAACCAUCUGUGUGACCUGUUGGAGGCAGGAGUCAUAAGAGAAUCAGAAUCCCCUUUUUCGUCACCCAUUGUGGUAGUCCGAAAGAAGAACGGAGAUGUGAGGCUGUGUAUUGAUUACCGUAAGCUGAACCUCCACACUAUUAAAGACGCUUACGCACUCCCAAAUUUGGAAGAGUCAUUUUCAGCACUCACAGGUUCCCGCUGGUUCAGUGUCCUUGACCUCAAGUCAGGAUACUAUCAGAUCGAAAUGGCGGAGGAAGAUAAACCUAAGACGGCUUUUGUGACUCCACUUGGCUUCUGGGAAUUCAACCGGAUGCCGCAGGGUGUCACCAAUGCGCCCAGCACGUUCCAACGGCUUAUGGAGAGGUGUAUGGGAGACCUUCACCUGAAAGAAGUCCUCGUUUUCCUGGACGAUCUUAUCAUCUUCUCCGACACCCUCGAAGAACAUGAAGACCGUCUCAUGAGGGUACUUCACCGCCUGAAAGAUUAUGGCCUGAAGUUAUCCCUUGAGAAGUGCAAGCUCUUUCAAACUUCUGUGCGCUAUCUCGGUCAUAUUGUUUCCGAGCGGGGUGUGGAGACUGAUCCAGAGAAGAUAGAUGCUCUCAAAUCCUGGCCAAUUCCGCAAACAUUAAAGGAAUUAAGAUCGUUUCUAGGGUUUGCUGGUUAUUAUCGGAGAUUUAUCCAGGGCUAUGCUGCUAUUGCUAAACCCCUAAACGACUUGACUAGGGGCCAUAGCUUGAAGCACCAUCAGCCUAAGGAAUCCGCUCCUUCGCCUAGUCACGCUAAACAACCAUUCAAUGAACGUUGGACAUCUGAGUGCCAACACGCCUUCGAAACACUGAUUGACCGACUUACAACAGCACCGGUGCUUGGAUUUGCCAAUCCCAAGAAAACCUACGUCCUGCACACCGACGCCAGCACCAUAGGCCUUGGGGCUGCACUAUAUCAGGAGCAAAACGGACAGUUACGCGUUAUAGCGUAUGCCAGCCGGGGGCUGUCUGCAAGUGAGUCCCGAUAUCCAGCUCAUAAACUGGAAUUUCUGGCGUUGAAGUGGAGCGUCACUGAAAAAUUCCAUGAUUAUUUGUAUGGCUCCAGCUUCAUGGUGAUCACGGACAAUAAUCCCCUGACAUACAUCUUGACGUCUGCCAGGCUCGAUGCAGCCAGUCAUAGAUGGCUUGCUGCACUGUCUACGUAUGAUUUCAAGCUCCAGUAUCGAGCAGGGCAUAGGAAUAAAGAUGCUGAUUUUCUCUCCCGUAAGCCCCUUCAGCAACCAUCUGAUGUGUAUGGCCAGAGAGAGUGGGACAUGGUCAAACAGUUCACCCGUGACCAUGUAGGCACUGCAGUUCAGCUUGAUUCAGACGCUGUGGCUGCUAUUUGUCACAGUAGUCUGUUGAGAGAUUCUCCAUCCAACUGCGUCACCAUGGUUGAGUCAUUGAGCGCGUCCAUCACAGCCAUUCCUGACAGCUACGUGGACGAGUUUCCUCUAGGGCUACCAGUUGUGUCUUCACUGUCCCACUCUGACCUCCGGGAGAAGCAGAGGGAAGAUCCCAACCUACAAGAGAUAAUCCACCAACUCGAGACUGGUGAGAAAGUUCCUCCUACUGUCCGAAAAGAAUUGCCUGACGUUUCUCUUUUGUUAAGGGAGUGGAACCGACUCGAGCUCCAAGAUGGCCUCCUGUACCGGAAACGACUGGACGGAGAACGUGCCUCGUUUCAGCUAGUGUUACCGGAGGAGUCGCGACCCAUGGUCCUUACCAGCCUCCAUGACGAUAUGGGCCAUCCGGGGAUCGAGAGGACCCUUGACCUAGUGCGAUCACGAUUCUUCUGGCCACGAAUGGCAGCCGAUGUGGAGCAGAAAAUAAAGACCUGCAACCGCUGCAUUCGACGGAAGGCACCACCAGAACGAGCCGCACCUCUGGUAAAUAUCAGAACCAGUCGUCCGUUAGAACUAUUGUGCAUGGACUUUUUGUCGCUUGAGCCGGACCUAAGUAACACCAAAGACAUUCUGGUCCUAACAGAUCAUUUCACAAAGUAUGCCAUAGCUAUUCCAACUGCUAAUCAAAGAGCAAAGACUGUUGCUAAGUGUCUAUGGGAGAACUUUAUUGUGCACUACGGCGUUCCAGAGCGUCUGCACACUGAUUAA